CUCCAAGCGGAAGCGUAUAGAAAGUAGAUAGGUUGUGUUUAAAAUUACAGAACCAACCGCCUGCAUGGAUAUAAGCACUUAAAUGAAGUCGUGAAAGUGUUUGUAUGAUUCACGGUUGCAGUGGAUUAAUACAUCCCUUGACAAAAAAUUUUGCAGCAAUUGGGGCUAGGGGCUGUGACCUAACGUUGUCAGCCUCUGUGGAUGCUGGGAUACUGUCCUUGACAACAUAGCAAUGGCGACCGCUACAAAAAUAAUUCAGAGACUCCGAAACUACCUAUCGGGGCAAGAUCUUCAGGCAAAACUUCAGCUGCGUUACGGUGAGAUUGCAAAGAGGACUCAGCCACCACCCAAACUUCCGCUUGGACCUAGCCACAAGUUCUCCCACAAUUAUUACUGUCAAAGAGAUGGCCGCAGGGAAGCGGUUCCACCAACGAUAGUGAUGUCCUCUCAGAAGGCACUGGCAGCCGGGAGUCAAGCUCCAGCAGUGGCUGAAAAGAGUCCAGUUGUACCAGGACCACCUGCCAAGGAACUUCCACUGUCUACAGACCAGCCGUACCUCUGAAACGUUUGACGGAUUUGCUUGUGUCAUCACUCUCUUGUUUCAACAAUAGCAUUUCAGAACAAUACAGCUGGCCACCAAGCCUAAUUUCCCUGGCAACUUGCUGAUGGCACUUAGGUUCUCUUCUUUGCCUUUUCCUGUUUUCCUGUCAAAUGGUAUUAAUAAAGUAUAAUAUCCUUA